AGAUGUUGCAGUAGUCGAUUCGCCGCAGACCUCAGCCUUCCACUGAAUCCAUCUGUCCGCGAAGAGAAAAUUGUUUCGCGACGACCUCAAGCCUAGCGAAUGACCUGCGAACCUCAACCGCGACAGCAUAGCGCACCCCCCAAUUGAUCCGUGGCUCCCGGCAGUAUCGUUACUUUUCGACAUAGGCUUAUCGUCGUCCAGAGCUGCUCACGUCGUCGCCCUCGGAACAGCAACUACACAACACGCUCGUGUGCCGGUACGGUGCCAUCACGAAACUGGCUUCGCAGGACCCUGGAAACUAGUCCUCAGCCCAGGAGCCUUUUGUUCUUGUUUUGCUCAUUCUGAUCAGACCUUUGGUGACCUCGUAUAGAUCGGUGGUCUGCCGCCCUCAACGGUUUUUGCACUCGACACGAAGUACAAGAGAGCCGGCCACUCUCGUUUAUCUUGUCUCGACUUUCUUAUCUUCGCGCUCGACUUGAGUGGUGCUGAGGACCGCUCACACACCGCAAAAAUGCUUCUUCCAAAAGGUGGUCUCAACUGGAAGGCUGCAAGAGGCUCACUGCCGCCGUCAAGGGCGAUAUGGACCUUUGUCACAAGAACAAGGUUCCUGUUGCUCGUUGCCCUGUCUGGCGUGUUUCUAUUACUAUGGCGCGGCAUCAGGUCUUCAGCUUCCGAGAUGCAAAGCUUCUACUGUUGGGGACCAUCAAAGCCUCCUAUGGAUAUGACGGUGAAUGAGCAGGCAGCAUGGAACGCCCACAUGCAGACUCCCGUCAUCUUCAAUCACCACAUGCCUUUAGAAAUCAACUCAUCUACCAUCAUCCACCACGACCUCAACCCUAUCAAGUCGACUCCCAAGGCCGUCGCCAACGAGGAGCGUGUUCUCAUCCUGACGCCACUGAAGGACGCAGCGCCCUACCUGUCCAAGUACUUUGAACUGAUCGCCGAGCUUACAUAUCCCCACCACCUGAUCGAUCUCGCCUUCCUUGUUGGCGAUUCUACCGACGAUACCCUCGCUGUCCUCGCCUCCGAGAUUGAUAGAAUACAGAAGCGUUCCGACAAUGUCCCGUUCCGCAGCGCCACGAUCGUGGAGAAGGACUUCAACUUCAAGCUAAGCCAAGACGUCAAGGACCGCCACGGGUUCGAGGCCCAGGCGCCACGCCGCAAGAACAUGGGGCGUGCUCGCAACUACCUGCUCUACACUGCGCUGAAGCCAGAACACUCCUGGGUCUACUGGCGCGAUGUCGACAUCGUUGACAGUCCCAAGGCUGUAUUAGAGGACUUUGUUGCCCACGACAAGGACAUCCUGGUUCCCAACAUUUGGUUCCACCGCUACAAGGAUGGCAAAGAUAUUGAGGGCCGAUUUGACUACAACUCCUGGAUCGAGUCCGAUAAGGGCCGUAAAUUGGCAGCCAGCCUUGACAAGGAUGUUGUUCUCGCAGAGGGCUACAAGCAGUACGACACUGGUCGUACCUACAUGGCUAGGAUGGGUGACUGGCGUGAAGACCCCACCAAGGAGAUUGAGCUUGACGGCAUCGGCGGCGUGAACAUUGUUGUCAAGGCAGAUGUUCACAGAUCAGGCAUCAACUUCCCUUGCUACGCCUUUGAGAACCAAGCUGAGACAGAAGGCUUUGCCAAGAUGGCCAGGAGGGCAGGAUACCAAGUCAUUGGUCUCCCCAACUACGUAGUGUGGCACAUCGACACUGAUGAGAAGGCAGGCAAUGUCUGAAGAGGCCAUGGGACUGUGAGCCACCAUCGGCCCAGACGCAACAUUUUAUGAGCUGGUGUCGCAAUGACAUCAGAGCCGUCCUUAUGACUGCGACCUUUCGACACACCUUUUUCGUGUCUAUACUAUUCCUCCUCACACCGUAAUACUCACUUCUAGAGCCACAGUUGCUGGGGAGCCUCGCUGAAGCGGCGACAGAAGACAUCAUUAUUGUACGACUUUAUAAGAGACGGGAAAGACGAAGCGGGUCUCGAACGAUGCGUACGGACAUAUUGCAUUACAUGUUGUUUCGAAAGUUUAAAACCAAGAGGAGUUUUCUUUUUACAGGGUUGGGUUUGGGAAUGCUUCUUGUCUAAUUCUAUUCUCCUAGCUGUUCCAUUCUUCCAUAUCUUCACUCAAGACAAGAAUGGUCACGCCAUGAAAACAGUGUUUCAAGGAAUCAGUGUGUAUUACAGGUGCGCUAUGCAUAUUUUUUUCUUCUCUCUUUCCUUUCUUGCUAAAGCGACGUUUGUUUCUUCUGCGGGUUUUUGUCAGAAACGGAUUCAGCAUGCAGAAGCGACUAUCUCAGUCGCGUUUGUGAGUGAGUAAUGGACCGUCAUAGCAAGGUCUGCAUAUAUAUCAAACUGGGAAACAGUCGGAUGCCCUAUUAUUCUCAUCCUACUUCUCACGAGAAUUCCUGUUCGAUGUUAUCUAGUUGGUGUGGGUGAGAGUAGUUAACAUUCCUCGCCACUCCGCUGGACACAUUUUGACAAAUGCCUGCAUACGGCUAUAACUGUUUUGUGAACGAGCGAAGGCAGUAGUAGUAGCUAUUCAUUGGAUUAGAUCCGUGAGCCAGGC